AUGAGCAGCCGGCUCCUGUCUUCCCUCAAGGGCUACGCCUCGUCCUCUCGCUCCCAAGGGAGCGGCAGCAGCGCAGGAGGAAGCGGAGGGUCGCACCGUGCCCGGCUGUUCUCCGGCUGGGGCGGAGGCGACGGCGCGGGCGAGGGCGCGUCGGAGGUGCCCCACGACCCGGGCUUCGACGACGCCAAACGGAAGUGGGGCGAGUUGGACGAGUUCUUCACCACCGUCUAUCAGGCCUACCUGCAGGCCACCACCGGCAUCAUAGAUGUGGCACGUCCCUUGAAUAGGCUGGAGAGUACCGUGAGGGACUACUUCGACGACCAGGAGGCCGAGUCGCGGGUGGUGCGCCGCUUCUCGUCGUCAGUGGUCAAGCUCAACGUGGCCACCAUGCGCUUCGAGGAGGUGCUGGAGGAGGAGCGGGUGCAGGCCGACCUCGAGGAGUGGAUCCUCAAGCUGGAGGAGAUCAAGCGCGACAUCGAGGCGCGUGAGCGCCUCUACUCCGAGUUCGUGCGCGAGAAGAAGAGCUGGAACCACGCCCACCAAAAGGCGGAGCACAAGCGCAUGACGGACGACCCGGCCACCAUUGCCAAGCUCAACAGACUCGAGUCGGCGUGGCAGGCCGCCCACGAGGGCUUCAAGCGGACCAACAAGAAGAUCAUCCUCUCCGUGAAUGAGCUCAGCACUCAAGUCAAGCCCGCCCUCCAGGAGUACCUCCAAGCCUUGGGAGUGGCGCAAUAUGGGCUGUACCACACGCUGAACGUGGCCUAUGCCGAGUGGCAGGAGGACGACGACCCACAGUCGGCUCCCUCCAUCAUCCCGGUGCGCGUCAAGACCGGCAGCAACAGCACCCGCGCGUCCAUGGCCUCUCCCCAGAAGAGCCUGCCCGCCACCCCCGCCCCCGCCCCCGCCCCCACGUCCACGCCGACUUCUCCGACGGUGGAGGAGUCCUCGUCGCCCGCCCCUCCCUCACCCACCACCGUGGCCGCCGCCGCUUCGCCCGAAACCGACCAACCACCGCGCGACGAUCAACCGAACCCGGUCACCCCGGCCACCACUCCUGUGGCCCAGCAAUCCGAGACUUCGACGUCCGCCACGUCAUCCGCGCCCACGCCUUCGGCGAGCAUCACGCCGACUUCCGUAGGCAGCCCUGUUCCGCCGCCCAAGACCAACAUGCAAGAGCGGCUGAGCAUGCUCAAGCAGCGCAACUCGGCCGCCGCCAAGCCCCUUCCCAAGACCCCGCCAUCCACCGGUGAAACGCCCGCCGGCGCCUCGGCGACGCCCGCACCGGCACCUUCACCGUCAUCGUCGUCGUCGUCGGCAUCGGCAUCACUGUCAUCGUCGUCGUCGGCGUCACCGUCGUCGUCGGGCCAAGGCGGGGAGAUGGAGCGGCGGCUGGAGGAGCAGGAGCGGUGGGAGCUGGGCAAGCAGAGCGAGCGGCUGGCGGCCGAGUGGCGCGAGCUGGAGGCGGCGCAGGCGCUGCUCGCGCGGCGGCAGCGCGACGAGGCCGAGGCCCUCCAGCGCGAGAAGCAGGCGUUGGAGGAGUCGCGGCGCGAGGCCCAGGCCCAGGCCCGCCGCGCGCAGCAGCAGCUCGACGAGGAGCGCGCGCUGCUCGACGAGUCCAAGCGCGAGCUGGCGCGACAGCUGGAGCUGGCCGAGCAGCGCGAGCAGGGCCGCGUGCAGAUCGAGCAGGAGUUCGUGCGCAUGCAGGAGGAGCGGCGGCUGCUCGAAGACCGCAAGCGCGAGGUGCGCGAGCAGAAGAUGAAGCGCCGGCUCGAAGAGGAGUGGAAGAAGAUCGAGGAGGCCCGGAGGGAGCUGCUGGAGCUGCGCCAGGCCGAGCACGCGCGCACGAUGGAGGCCCAGGCCGAGCAGGUCCGGGCCGAGCAGCAGCGGCUGGCGGCCGAGGCAGAGGAGCGACGGCAGCGCGAGGAGGCGCAGCGCGAGGACGAGGCGCGGGAGCACGAGCGGCUGCAGCGCAUCCGCCGGCAGAUGGACGACGAGCGGCGCAAGCUCGACCGCUCCCUCCGCACCCUCGGCCACCUCGACGCCGACGACGAUGACGCCCACGACGGCGUCCUUGAGUUCAGCGGCGUGUUCGCCCGGCCGGCUCCACCGCCGGCAACACACGCAGCGGCCGCCGACGUGGACAACGGAGAGGCGAAGGAGGGCGAGAGUGGCGACGCCGGCGAUGGCGAGGCGACCCGCGCUGCACAACACAAAUCCAGCGAAGUGGAGCCGAAGGUAAUUGCGCCUACGACCAAAGCCACACAAGAAGCGGAGGAGAAGGUGGCGGAAGUAAAGUCAACGACAGAGGAGGCUGCCGACUCCACGACGGCAAGCGUCGACGAUGGCCGGCCGCACAGUGACGAGGCGGGUGCACCUGCGGCAGCGGUGGAGGCGGCAGAGGCCCCAAAGGCGUCGGCGGCGGAGGAGGGCGGGCGGUUCGUGGCGGUGCGGGAGUACGUGGCGGCGGAGGAGGGCGAGCUGGGCCUGCAGCCGGGCUACGAGGUGCAGCACGUCGACGGCGGACCCGACGACCAGUGGUGGAUCGGGGUGCUCAUCCACCCGGCCUCCGCCGACGAGGCCUCGCGCCCCAUGGGCAUCUUCCCCAGCGCCGCCGUCGUCCCCAAGGGCGCACCAACAACCCUUUGUUGA